CAUAUUUGAGCUCAAACCUAAACAUAAAUAAUUGCUUUAAGACUUUAAAAAUCCCUAUUUUAUGGAAGCUAUUGCUUAAGUCUUUAAAUAUCCCUUUUUUAUGGAAACAAUGGCCGCAAGAUUUAGUCUUGCAUCAAAUACUGCAGCUCUGUCAUCCUUCACAUCGCCACUGCGCCCCAAAACCCCAUCUCUUCUCUUCAAAUCCCGAGCUCUGAACGAGCGCAAGAGGUCGGAGUUGCGAUUGUUUUCUGUGAUGGGUUCCUCUGCUUCUUCUCAGAAACCAGAACAAGCCCAAGAUGCAGGCCAAUUAGAUUAUACUUCUAUAAGUGACGAGGAGUGGAAGAAGCACCUAACAAAGGAGCAAUAUUAUAUUACUAGGCAAAAGGGUACAGAGAGGGCUUUCACUGGGGAGCUUAUGUGCCAUUUUCCCUUAAAUUCAAUACUGCUGCUUUUUUACGUGUUGGUUUAAACCUGUGAUUUUAUUUUCAGAUCCAAGGCAAAAUUUGAUAGUGGGACUGGUUGGCCGUCCUACUAUGAACCUAUUGGAAACAAUGUGAAAUCAAAGCUAGACAUGUCAAUUAUUUUUAUGCCUCGAACCGAGGUUCUUUGUGCAAACUGUGAUGCUCAUCUCGGCCAUGUCUUUGAUGAUGGACCACCACCAACAGGCAAAAGAUAUUGUAUAAAUAGUGCAUCUCUUAAACUGAAGCCUCAACGGUAGACAGGCUCGGGAAUGGAUUGAGCAAUCUAGCGUGAAUAUUGGAAGGGCUUCUGUUGUGAGUGUUAUAUACAUGUGUUGCUUGUGAUUUCAUGUAAACUCGUAUGACGAAAAUACUAGCUUUUGAUGUAUUCUCCUAUGUUUGUAUGGAAUGGCUGGAAACUAAAUGAUAUGGGCUGUUUCUUGUGACAUUCAAAUCUGUAUUUCAUUCAUCUGUCGACAUUUUGAGAUCCUAUAGCAUCCGCAAACUGCACAUUUGCAUCA